AUGUCAUCAGUCGUUGACGUGAAUCGUUGCAUUGAAAAACUCGAAGCAGGUCGUCUUCUCACCGAAUUUGAAAUUAAAUUUGUCUGUGAAAAAGUGAAAGAAAUUCUCAUCGAUGAAGCCAACGUUCAACGUGUCAAAUCUCCAGUAACCAUUGUUGGUAAUAUUCAUGGUCAAUUUCCUGAUCUCAAAGAAUUGUUUAGAGUGGCUGGUAAAAUUCCCGAUACGAAUUAUUUGUUUUUGGGAGAUUAUGUGAAUCGAGGAAAUCAAGCAAUUACAUUGUUGAGAGGAAAUCACGAAUCAAGACCCAUCACUCAAAUAUAUGGCUUCUACGAAGAAUGUACCAUGAAAUAUGGAAAUGUCAAUGUUUGGAAAUAUUUCACAGACAUGAUGGAUUAUUUAACUGUGUGUGCUUUGGUCGAUGAUUCACUCUUUUGUGUUCAUGGAGGUUUAUCACCUUCCAUCGCUACUCUCGAUCAAAUUCGUGUCUUGGAAAGAUUCAAGGAUAUUCCAGAAGAGGGACCAAUUACUGACCUCUUGUGGUCAGAUCCCAUGAAUGAUGACGAAGAUUUUGGAAUUUCAUCGAGUUCACUCGAUUUUGGAAUUAACACCAGAGGAGCAGGAUUCAACUUUUCACAGAAAAUUACCAAUGAAUUUAUGAGUUAUAACAAGAUUGAUCAUAUUGUUCGUUCGCAUCAAUUAUGUAUGGAUGGAUAUCAAGUGAUUUGGGAUGACAAACUCUCUACUAUUUGGUCAGCUCCAAAUUAUUGCAAUCGUUGUGGAAAUAUUGCUGCAGUGAUGGAAGUGGAUCGAGAUUUGAAACGAUUUUACAAUACGUAUCAGGCGCUCCUCGAAAGACCAUGA